CCCUUAAUUUGUCGCUCUUUUUUCUGGGGUUUCUUUCUCAACUCUUCCCUCCCAAACAUCGCCGGUAGCCGGUAAUUCAUCCCCGAAAAUCGUCGAAGUUGAGAAGAGAGAGAAAAGGAAUGACGACUCGAAUAGCUCCCGGAGUAGGAGCCAAUCUUCUCGGCCAACACUCUGCUGAGAGAAACCAAGAUGCUACCGCCUAUGUCGGUAACCUCGACGCCCAGGUGACUGAAGAGUUACUGUGGGAAUUGUUUGUUCAAGCAGGCCCUGUUGUGAAUGUCUAUGUGCCGAAAGAUCGAGUAACAAGCCUUCAUCAAGGUUAUGGAUUCGUAGAAUUUCGUAGCGAAGAAGAUGCUGACUAUGCAAUUAAAGUUCUUAAUAUGAUCAAGCUCUAUGGGAAACCUAUACGUGUAAAUAAGGCUUCUCAAGACAAAAAGAGCUUGGAUGUUGGAGCAAAUCUCUUUGUUGGGAACCUGGACCCUGAUGUCGAUGAGAAACUACUUUAUGACACUUUCAGUGCGUUUGGAGUAAUUGUUACAAAUCCCAAGAUUAUGAGAGAUCCAGAGACAGGAAAUUCCCGCGGAUUUGGAUUUAUAAGUUAUGAUUCUUUCGAGGCAUCUGAUGCAGCUAUUGAGGCAAUGAACGGCCAAUAUCUUUGUAAUCGUCAAAUUACGGUAUCAUAUGCAUACAAGAAAGAUACAAAGGGGGAGAGACAUGGCACUCCUGCAGAAAGAGUUCUCGCCGCAAGCAAUCCGGGCACUCAAAAAAGCAGACCCCACACCUUGUUCGCAAGUGGUCCCCCGAGCCUUCCUCAAGCCAACGGUGCAGUACCUACACCUACUGCUCCACGACCUCUUGCAAAUGGUGGUGCGGUCCCGCCACCCAUGCCUCAAUUCCGUCCUCCACCACCUCCUCUAGUAGGAUCUUUCCCCCCUCCACCAAUGCAGAUGGGCCAGAUGGCCAACCCUUGGCAGGGGCAGCAGCCCCAACAGCCACCCUCGAUGCCACCACCACCGCCGCAGUACAGGCCUCUACAGCCGCCAAACAUGAUGCCCCCUCCACCCCCUCAGGGAGGUCAAGGUUAUGCGAGGCCACCUCCUCCAAUGUCAAUGGGGGGUCCACCACCUGGUUGGAGGCCACCACCUCCACCUCAGCAAAUGGCGCAGCAAAUGGUUGGAAGGCCGCAAUAUCAGCAACAGUUUUCAAUGCCGCCUCCACCACCUCCAUCGGGUUAAGAUGUUUAAAUGGGAAGUCUAAAUUUUGUGUCCUUGCUGUAUAACAUUAGGUACAAAUUUAUCAUAUGUUGAGGUACAAGUUUUUGGUGAAAACACAAAUUGGUCAUUUCAGAUUUAA